CCGGUGCAUUAAACCGCGCGUUUUCGAAAAGUCCUAAACGUAAAAGAAGACGAUAGUUUUUAAUAUCGGUACCUUCCUGGGGUGAUAGCUUUAGAGGAUUGUCGAGAAAAAUGGUUUGGGAUGUCGUGAAUGCAAACUUUGAAGGAGAUGAGACGGUUAAUUUUGGGCCAAGGAAGGAAUCUGGUAUAGCUCUGUAUCAAAUAGACACAAUAGCGACUGUUUCCCCCAGGAAUGAGGCUAUGGUUCAGAGCUCCCCUCGGAUUGUGACGUCAAUACUUGGGGAACUAUCAUGCAUUGCUGUGGAAAUGCAUGCAUCCUUAUUCAAGGACUGUCAAUUUUCUGGCACACUGGAAUUAGAGGCACCAGUAGAGGAGUUGGAGUGGAGUCCAGAUGGAUGCUUGCUGGUCAUUGGAGAUGUCCAAGGGAAAAUCUACGUGAUUAAUUCUGAUACAAUGGAGACUGUUUACUCCUCUAGAGUGUGCCAACAAGGGCCAGGAGGAAACGCCUUCAGCAGAAUUACAUUCUACAGCAGAACUGAUUUUGAGUAUGACCUACUGAUCCUGAGCAGCAGUGGACAACUGAUGGUUCUAUCCGAGUUGACACCAAACAUUUUUCUAUCGGAAGACAAAAGUAAAACAGCUUUAUCAAUUAAGGACAAGAUGAACAUUAUCCAGACAGGAGACCUGCAUACUGAGGGAGUGACAGAUGUCGUCACAAUCGGGGACACCAUCAUUACAAUGGGUUGCGGAAAACGGAUAUUGGCUGCCUGGGAGUAUGAGAAUGGCUGCCUUCAGCUGACUAAUGAAAUCUGCAGUAGUAUGUUAAAUGGUUCUGGGAUUUUACAAGGAAAAGUAACGACUGACGGAGUCCAUCUCUUCCUACUCGACUGUAAUCAUACUCUGAGUUUGUGGAAUCUACCAACCCUUAUACUGUUGAAAGAAUGGAAAAAUCUAGAUGUGGAACAAUUCCAGCUUCUGGAGACCAAAGAUGUGAAAGACCAGAGCCUUGAAGGGAUGAAGCUUGUAAUCCUCACCAUGACGAAGGACUGGAGAAGUACUUUGGUCAUCCAAAACCUUCCUGACUGUCAGAACAUCUACACCCUACAGCUGAAUGCUCCAUCUGUCAUCUCCAAAUGUCUCACCAUCCAGGAAACCUUGUAUGUUGCCGAAUGUUGUGGAGAGCCGAGCUCUCCAGAAUCUGUGUCCACUGUACGGUUCCGCUGUCUAACAGAGACCAAUCCACAGACAAGAUUGUAUCGUAUACUGCACAAGAAUCAGUUUGAGGAGGCUGAACAAUUUGCCAAGAUCUUUGGACUCAACACAGAGAUUGUUCAAAAGAAGAAGUUGGAACACUUACUGGAACAGCUGUCACCGUGGAACGUGAUGAAGUACGGAGAAGACAAGAUCUCCGAGAUGAUAGAACAGCUGUGGAUAUGUAUGGAUCUCAUUAAUGAUGAUUGCCAUGUGUGUGAACUAGGGAUGAGGUCUACCUUACCUGAAAUGGACUCUACUAGGAAGUUGUUGUCGUACUGUAGGAAACGGCUGGAAAAGUAUGCUAAGUCCAUUACUGAUGAGGGUGACAAAAAACUUCAACAGACCUUAAUGAGCAAGUUGUUGGAUAUCCAGAACAGAUUGGUUACAUUUGGAAUAGCCUUUGGUGAAGGGGCAUUCAGUGGAGAGAAGUGGGAUGUGUUUUUGAAGACGGACCUCCUACAACAGGCCACGAUGCUGUUUGACCAGAGGAAUCUGUUGGCUGGACUGGUGAUAUGGAUAAGACAUGAGGCUGAAUGGCAUACUAAUCUGACAGCGCCACUGAUCAGUAAGGUGUUGUCAUGGUUACCAGAACAAGUAACAGCCAAAGAGGUGCUUGGUUUGAUGAGAGAUACACUCAUACCAUCGAUAUCAAGAUUACACCCAGACUCACUGGCACUUCUUGUUGACUGGAUUAUACAGAAGGCAAAGAACAUGGAGCUACAGGAAAAGGCUGCCUGGCCAAUGAAUGCCAUCACUUUCCUCAAGUCCAUCCAUAAAAGUUUGUGCCGAGUAACAAGAAUUAGCCACUCUGACUAUUUAUGUACAGCGUCUGACAUGGCCUACAGGACCAGUCUCAACCCAGCAGCCAUCACAGAACCUAUACAUGUCCUUAUCACGAACCUGAAACACCUACAUGAUCUCCACACCAAGUACAGGUGUAAACUCACCUAUGGACAGUUUAUACAGGAGACGACAGAGAGUGUCACCUUCCGGAUGUUAGAUGAAGUGGUAGCAGUAGAGUUGAUGGACCAAACGCUGGACACAUACAUUCGACCCUAUAUGAGGGAGCAUGGACUGAAAGAAGACAGCAUAUUCUCGCAGUAUAUCAAGGAUUUACUGGAGAGAGUUGGAGCAGUUACCACAUACCGCAGUGAGACGCCGUGGGAGGCCAAAGUUAUCGCCGUUACUAACCGGAUAUCAGGAUCAGAGGAGAAAUGUGAUGCUAUCACAGAGGCAAUGAAGUGGGCACCCAUCCCGUGGAGUAAAGAGAUUGAUCAACUUGUCAAAGCUGGGCUGGAGCUAAACCAUCCCAAAGUUGUUCAACUCCAGAAACAAUGCCAUAUUGUGGAGGUGAAGAAGUUGAUGCUCAAGUAUGAUCUCAAGAAUAUGGCUGUGCCUGACCGCACCAAUGCAGAUAGACUCCUAUUUCUGAUACUGAGUCAAAACAGUGAGGGAUGUAUGGAAGAUGCUCUCAGUGUAAUGGAAUCCUACAACAUCAAAAUGGAGAAAGAUCUCUACAUCUUCAGACUGCGAAUUCUCAUCACUAAAGACAAGGUGGAUGAGGCUGUCAGAUUGCUGAAGUUACUAUCUAUGGACAUGGCCUACACUUGUGGGCUAAGGAUCCUCAGUCUAGUCCGAGUUGUCCUGAAUGAUAUGAUUAUCAUCAACCAACAGGAAAAUGAGAAAAAGAAACAACUUUUUACAGAGGCGGGAGUGUACAUAGCUAGACACUUACUCACCUUCUCAAAUGAUUAUUUAGAGACCAGGGAACUGAGGUAUCUUCUGUCCAGCCUACAGAGCCUGAGGGCCUUACAAGUUGAGUUUGGGAAACACCUGACACUUGCAGAAUUUGAUGAUGAGGAUUUCAGAAAGUCAACUCUAGUUGUCCAUGUAACAGAGUUCUACCUACAACGAUCACAGGAUGAAAGUGGGAACAAAACAAACUUUGCCAAAAUAUACAGACUGGCAGAUAUCCUUCGUAUACCUAAGAUAAGGCUGCAGGGAGAGUUAGCUAUAGAGGCAGCCCGAACGGGAGAGGUGCAGGCUGCUCUUAAAAUGUGCAGGGAACUAUUUGAGUCUGAUCCAUCUGUAGAGACAGCCGAUAUGUUGUAUAAGGUAGCCAUAGCCUUCGUAAACCUACAGGCCAAUGCAGAGAACAACAACGUCAGCAUCAGCCGUCUGAGGGACCUGCCCACCAUCACAUACAGACUGGCCAGUCAGGCUGCAUCAGUGUGUUCACCAGACCAACUUGUUCAGUGUUUGGAGCUGUGUAAAGCCGCAGAGUUGAGUCUGUCUGUCAAUAACCAAUGUGAGGCCGCAGAACACAGCAUGGGGUUAGAGGAAUGGUAUCCUGAUGUCCAGUUGUUAAGUGACCAACUGACCGAUAAGUUUGACAGGACUUUUAAGGAAGAUGCCUUGGUGAUGAAUUCCAGUGUUAUAAUGCCACUGGUCAGUCAGUACCAACUGACUGCCUGUGUCCUGGCCAAGCAAGAAGCCUGUUGUCAGGAGGACGAAGAGAAUGACUCAGUGUUGCCCAUACAGAAACUGCAUCGCCAUAUUGUUCCAGUUCUCCAGCAUCUGAAGGACAACAGCCACAUGGAGUUGGCCUACCGAUUCUCCGUACAUCUGUUGUCACGCUCCACUGAACAUGUGACACAGUUUGACAUGGGCAUACCACACAGGAAAGAUGAGCUGCCCAGACUGGCUCAGGACCAGCAGGCUAUACUCAGAGAUAUAGAGACAAUGGCCAACCCUUGGAUCAAAACCAUCGUCACUGCAGUUCUGAUGAAGAUCUUUAAUAGUCAGGAGAUUGAUCAGAGUCUCGGCCUGAGGUAUAUGGCAAGUCUUACAAAGAGGGAAGGAGAGGAGUCGCUGAUGAAGAUCAUACGGUCGACAGGGCACAACUACAAAAAGCUCAGGGCUCUGGCUAAAGUUGGAAUUGGAAUUGGUCAGCUUCAUCAUGAACCCAAUUUGAUUAAAAUGUGUGAAACACUGGAGAGAAAUGCCACAUGGGGUUACAGACUCGGAAAAAUCAAGAUAAGUUUCAAAGAAGCUUUCCAGAAACCGUCAUCAGAAAAGAUCAAACUGUUGCCACUGAUAGCUCAGUGUGAGGCAGCGGAUAUGUCUCUGGUGAAGGAUUUCUGUAGUGACUUUGAUCUGGACCAGGAUGAGGGCCUGCUGCUGUUUCUGGACCACAUGUUCACCUUACCAGACCAUGUAACUCUGGGUGUUUUGGCCAAACGAUCACUUCUAGCUAAGGCUCGGGCAACAAUUGGGGAAAUCAAGGACAAUCAGAUCCUCCUUAACAAACUCCAGGCUAUCUACAAAAAGACUGAUGCAUAUGACUAUGAGACAUUAGAAUUUCUGUUGAAUGAAAUGCAGAAUUUAGGCAAAGAUCCUCAGAGAGAAACAAGUUUGAAGCUGUUAAGUUACCUGAAGGUGUACGUUAGACGAAAACCGCCAGCAGAAUAUGAGUUACGCUACCAGCCUGAUGGAGAUAAGGAAGAUCUCAGGAUCAUCAUGGACAUGUUACCACCCAACAGUAAGACGAGACUUCCACUUCAUCCGUUUAAUGAGGGAGAGGCAUGGAAAAUCAUCACACCAGAGCUGGACAAGGAAACUGUGAGGACCUGGCUGCCUAUAGCUGACUUGUUGAAGCUAUCCUCUGACCAGAUAUACCUUGUGACUGUACAAAACAUGGUGAGAAAACAUGUCCAGCUGACAAAGAAGCCAAUGGUGGGUAGUGCAGCUGUCAUGGACAAGAGUCAGUGGAACUGGAAUGUUAAGGACGCCAACUUGUCCCUGCUCAGCGACGUCCAGGUUCUACUGAUGAAUGUGUCGAAGUGUGAGCUGGCCCUGGCCUGUGCCAGCUGGAUGGUCAAGGAACUCCCUCUGGGUGCUGAGAAGGUGGAGGCUCUACAAGGAUGUAUUCGCUACACGGAGCUGUGGCACAGAGCUGUCAAAGACAAGACGGCAGAAAAGGAAAAGGCCAUGAAUGCCUUUGUAAAGUUCACUGGGAUGUGGCAGAGGCUAGCAACAGAACAAGUCCUCUUUGUGUACAAGGUAGCCGAGCCGGAGCUUGUGUCACUGGCUGGGAACCCUAACAAACUCCUUCUUAAGUUGUACGAACACAGCAGUAUAAUCAACCAGGAAAUUGCAGAGAAAGACAAGCCAGAUAUACACAGGAUUGCGGAGGAUAUAGCCAAUAUCCAUAAUGUAGAUCUGGAGCAGCUACGACUCAAUCUGCUGUACAGAUGGUUACCAUCAAUCAAAUCCAAACAGGGAGGCCCAGACACGACUGUAACUUUCAGCUUUGAUCAACUUAACCUCGGGGAUGAGACCAUGGUAUCUGCAGAAGAUGAUGAUGAGGAUGCUAAUCUCCGAAGGGUGCUGUAUUUACUGCAGAGAGGAACAACUGAAAAGAAUGCCAUGUUCUUGUUUGAGUUUGCUUUCAAGGAAAAGAAGAUGGAGGAAGCUUGUAACAUAACUAACAUGUGUCGUGUACGAGCAUUGCGCUGUCUUCUCCAGAUAGGGGACAAAGCCGCUGUACAGAAAUUGUUCUACAAAUCUAUGGACCAAGUAAGACACAUGAUGAGGAUGCUGCUUUACCUGGUGGACCUGGAGAAUCUACAUAUCCUCCACACCGUACAAAGUUUUGAGGAAGCUAACAAGGAGGGACUCAUCAAGGGCAUCUGGAGAAAUCAUCGUCACCAAAAAACUGCUGCCCUGCUUGUGGCAUCUCUAUGCCUCGACUACAACAUACACGAUCUUCAGCUCUGGACUAGUGUACUUCAACAGCUACACUCAUUCCAACUGUUGUCUCCCCUGGAGUAUGUGCUGCGAAGAUUGGCUAGCGUGGUGAAGAUGAGGCAGAUACCUGUCCUCCCAAACAUGUGGCAGGCUGUUCUGUCGACCCCAUUAACUAAAGUUGCAGCCCCUCUGAGUCCCAGCCAAACAGAGCUAUGUGUGAGAUACUUCAACCUCAUCCCACAAUGCCCGGUGUUGAUAGACAUUGAUCUGUUGUCCCUGUCCAAACAUUACCAAAAGUUGGAAAUGCUGUCCUGCGCUCUAGGCUGCCUGCUGCAGGCCAAACACUUACAUCAGGACCAAAUCAAGGUCUACCUGUCUGAAGAUGCUGUGGGAUUGUUAGAAAACGCCAAGCACCUUCUGAACUUUGGUCUGGAUCAGUCCACCUUUCAAAGCAUUGUGACCAUUUCUCAAGAUCUCAUCUGAACAUAGCUAUUUAAACAAAACAUCUGAUACUCUGCAUAAUUUUUCUAACAAAACAUCUGAUACUCUGC